AUGAUCCUGCAGAACAAAGAUGAAAACGAGACCCAAUUUUCUAUGAUGAUAAAGCUCAAUUCUUGGCGGUCGUCUUCUUCUUCUUCUUCUUCUGCAUCAUCAUCAUCCGCGGCAGCAGCUUCCAUGGUCAACCCUUUCCGCAGCGGUGGUUGUCUUUAUUCGGAGGUCUUUCUAACAACUGUACUAAUCAUAAUAGCCUGUCUUCUUUCUUGCUUUGUGCCCACAAGCCAUGCUGCCUCACCCUGCAAUCUACUUGACAGAGACGCUUUGUUAUCCUUUUCCAACAAUUUAUCCAUCAUCUCAUCUCCUCCUUUAAAUUGGAAUUCUUCAUCUGAUUGCUGCACUGACUGGGAAGGUGUUGGUUGUGACGUCACGGGCAGGGUAACUAGCCUGAAACUUCCAUCAAGGGGGCUUUCCGGCAUCAUUGCACCGUCCAUAGCUAAUCUCCCUCACCUGUCUGUACUCAUCCUGUCCCGCAAUUCGUUGGCUGGCAUUCUCCCGGAUGGAUUUUUCACCAAUCUUGUUCAGCUGCAGGUCAUUGAUUUGAGCUAUAACCGCCUCGCAGGACACUUUUCUGCAUUAGGGAUGCUUCCAGGAUCAAUCCAGGACGUCGAUUUUUCCAGUAACAACUUCAAUGGGACAAUCGAGAAUGCAUUGUUCGAUCAAGCAUCCAACUUGGCGAGUUUCAAUAUCAGCAACAAUAGCUUCUUUGGGGAAAUUCCAUUUUCCCUGUGCAGCAUUUCGCCUUCCAUCACAGAGCUUGAUUUCUCUGAAAAUCACUUCAACGGCUCAAUUCCAGGAGAUGUUGGGAAUUGUUCCAGUUUGCAGAUACUACGAGCAGGUUUCAAUUCACUUUCAGGUCCUUUGCCACCAGAAAUAUACAGGUUAUCAUCUCUGCAAGAAAUAUCUUUUCCAGGCAACAAGUUGAAUGGUUCAAUUGCUAAUGAUAUUGCCAACUUGAAAAAUCUUACAAAACUUGCCUUUUUUGGCAAUGAGUUGACUGGAAUUAUCCCUCCAGAUAUUGGGAUGCUCUCCAAACUGGAAGAUCUAGAACUUCAUGUAAACAAACUUGGGGGUAAUCUACCCCCUUCCAUCAUAAAUUGCACAGAACUCACCGUGAUUAUCCUCAGGGUCAAUACACUUAUUGGUGAUCUUUCAAAAUUCAAUUUCUCCCAGCUCACAAAACUUACCACUAUUGAUCUUGGCAAUAAUUAUUUCACUGGUGCCCUGCCAGAAACCCUUUUCUCUUGCACAUCUUUGACAGCAAUACGCCUGGCGAGUAAUCAGAUAACUGGAGAGAUUCCAUAUAGCAUACAAAAGCUACAAUCUUUGCAAUUUCUUUCUAUUUCCAACAACAGCCUAACAAAUGUCUCAGGUGCAUUAACGGUUCUGCAAGGCUGCAAAAAUCUGAGUACAUUGAUCCUUUCCAAGAGUUUCAACAAUGAGGCACUGCCGAGCAAUGAGGAUUUGAUUGUUCCGCCAGGGUUUCAAAUUCUGCAGGUGCUUGGCUUGGGUGGUUGCCAGUUCACUGGUGAAGUUCCGCUCUGGCUGCUUAGGCUGCCAAAGCUUGAGGUCAUUGACUUAUCAUAUAACACCAUCACAAGCUCCAUUCCCAGCUGGUUGGGGACUUUGCCUAACCUUUUUUACUUGGAUUUGUCGGUGAAUCAACUCACUGGAACCUUCCCAGUUGAACUUACUCAACUGCAAAGACUAGCCAGACAACAGAAUAAUCAAGUGGAUCAGAGUUACCUGGAGUUGCCUGUCUUUGUUAAGCCUGACAAUGUUUCGAACCUGCAAUACAAUCAGUUGUCUAGCCUUCCCCCGGCUAUAUACCUGAAAUCGAAUCACCUAAGUGGUGAUAUCCCAACCGAGAUCGGCCUUUUGAAGUUCAUACAUGUCCUGGAUCUCAGUGACAACAACUUUACCGGCACCAUCCCGAGCACAAUUUCGAAUCUCACAAACUUGGAAAAGUUGGAUCUGUCAGACAACCAAUUGUCUGGAGAAAUACCAGCUUCACUAGGAAGUCUCCAUUUUUUGUCUUCCUUUAAUGUAGCUAACAACAAUCUUCAAGGCCCUAUACCUACAGGGGGCCAGUUUGAUACCUUCCCAAGUACUAGUUUUGAAGGAAAUAAGGGAUUGUGUGGACUCGUUCUGCAACAGCCUUGCACUAUUCGCCCAAAAAGCACAACUCCUUCAGCCACAAAGAAAAGCCCUAAGAAGAAAAUCAUGAUUGGACUCAUCCUUGGCAUCUGUUUUGGCAUUGGAAUCACUCUAUCUAUGGUGGCCUUUUGGAUACUUUCCAAGAGAAGGGUCAUUCCUAAAAGUGAUCCUGAGAAGGACGAAGAUCUGGAGGCAACAUCCUUCAACUCUACUAUGGAAAUGUCCCCUGAAUUCAGGAAAGACAAGGGCAUUGUCAUUUUGUUCCCAAACAACACAAAUGGCAUCACGGAUCUAACUUUUUCCGAAUUACUCAAAGCCACAGAUGACUUCAACCAGUCAAACAUAAUCGGUUGUGGGGGUUUUGGCUUGGUUUACAAAGCAACAUUAACAAAUGGAAUGCAGCUGGCGAUUAAGAAGCUUACAGGAGACAUGGGACUGAUGGAGAGGGAAUUCAAAGCAGAGGUGGAAGCAUUGUCAACAGCACAGCAUGAAAAUUUGGUUGCUUUACAAGGUUACUGCGUGCAUGAUGGUUUUAGAUUACUGAUCUACACUUACAUGGAGAAUGGUAGUCUGGACUAUUGGUUACAUGAGAAAUCUGAUGGAGCAUCUCAACUAGAUUGGCCUACUCGAUUGAGAAUUGCACAGGAUGCAGGUCGUGGCUUGGCUUACAUGCACCAGAUAUGCGAGCCACAUAUUGUGCAUCGCGAUAUAAAGUCUAGCAACAUCCUGCUUGAUAAGAAGUUUAAAGCACAUGUUGCUGAUUUUGGAUUGUCUAGGUUAAUUCUUCCUUACAGGACACAUGUCACAACUGAACUGGUAGGUACAUUAGGGUACAUUCCACCUGAGUAUAGUCAAUCAUGGAUGGCAACUUUGAGAGGGGAUGUGUACAGCUUUGGAGUUGUCAUGCUUGAGCUACUGACAGGCAAGAGGCCUAUGGAGAUAUUCAAGCCAAAAGUGUCAAGGGAAUUGGUUGCUUGGGUUCAACAAAUGAAAAUCGAAGGCAAACAAGAUGAGAUAUUUGAUCCUCUUUUGAAAGGGAAAGGCUAUGAAGAAGAAAUGGUAAAAGUGCUUGAUAUUGCCUGCAUGUGUGUCAACCAAAACCCUUUCAAGCGACCGGCGAUUACAGAAGUAGUUGAUUGUCUCAAUGAUGUAGCUUCAAACAGAUGUCAGGCAACAACAAAACAAGAAGAGGAACAAUAA